AUGACAGACAUCAAACCCAGCAAAGACAUUGUCAAAGAUCAUGAUCUUCUUGGAGAAAAGUCAAUUGACUCUUCUCAUGUGGUUGAGCUUACGGAAGCUGAGAAGGCUAUUGAGAAACGUCUUGUGAAGAGGGUCGACUGGCUGAUUAUGCCCCUAAUAUUGACAGUGUACCUAUUGAACUGGAUAGAUCGGAACAACUACGCAUCCGCCCGUCUCGCUGGUCUAGAAGAUGAUUUGAACCUUGGCCUGACACAAUACCAAACGGGACUUUCCAUCCUCUUCGUUGGAGGCACCGUUCUUCCCCGGGGUGUUGUUCUAUCUAUCGGGGCUCUCAUCGCUGGCGCCUUUGGCAACUUGAUUGCAGCCGGCAUCUUGGAAGGACUUGCAGGCGUUCGAGGUCUUUCUGCGUGGCGCUGGCUCUACAUCCUCGAGGGAUCAGUAACUGUUGUCGCUGGAAUUGUCGUGUGUAUCUUUCUACCAGACUUCCCUCAGACGUGGCGAGCUCUCACUCCAGAAAUGCAACACGUCGCGAACAGAAGACUUGCCCUGGAGGCAGCGGAAGCUGAUACCGACGAAGAAGGCGUGUCAUCACAACUGAAAGGCCUUAAACUCUGCAUCGCCGACCCCAAAGUCUGGAUUUUCGCCUUCAUCUAUAUGGGUCUCACCGGCGCGCAAGGGUUUGGAUACUAUUUUCCCACCCUAACAAGGACCCUAGGCUACAGCCAUUACAUAUCACUUUUGUUGGUGGCGCCGCCUCACAUCUUCAUCACCGUCUGGAGUUACGUCCACGGCAUUGUCAGCGACCGCUUCACCACCCGAUACUGGUUCUGCUUGUAUCCAGCAGUUAUCUCAAUUAUUGGCUUUGUGGUCUUCAUGACCACCGACAUUUUUGGACCGAAAUACAUGACAUUCUUUUUCAUGAUGUUUCUCAUGAAUAUCAACGGUACCUUGUUCAGUUGGAUUGCUGGAGUCGUCUCUCGGCCGCCCGCCAAACGUGCCGCGGCGUACGCUCUCAUCAAUUCUCUCGGUAAUUCCGUUUCCAUCUGGACUCCAUACACGUACCUUGAUAAGGAGUCACCGUACUUUUUUACCGGUAUCGGAAUUUGUGUUGGACUCAUUGCAUCGGCUGCGGCACUCAUGACACUGCUGCGGUUCGUUCUCAUUCGAGAGAAUAAUCGGCUAGCUAGGUUGGAGAACGAAGACGUCCAAUUGACGCAAAAAGAAUUGGCUAAGCUUGAGAAAAGUGCGCAUGUGGAGGGAGUCAGUCUCAGUGCGGCGCGCGCUUUACAAAAAGGCUUCAGGUACACCAUCUAA